AUGUCACCAUCUCCUUCCACUAUUACGCCAUACCGCCGAACGCAGAAGAACAACCUAAUGGGCUCGAUAGACGGCUCGUCGCGGAAGAACAUCCUGUUCCUGAUCGCCGACGAUCUGGGAAAAUGCCUGGGCUGUUAUGGGGCGAAGGGGCUCCAGACACCCAACAUCGACAGGCUCGCGGCUAAUGGAACAGUGUUUGACCUCGCAUUCACCAGCACCGCCUCAUGCAGCGCCAGUCGCACAGUCAUGUACACGGGUCUGCACCCACACGAGAACGGGCAGUACGGCCUCGCAGGGGGCACGAGCCAUUUCCAGUCCUUCGACCACAUCCAGUCGGCACCCACACUGUUCAAUGCCCUGGGCUAUCAGACGGGCAUCGUGGGCAAAGUACAUGUUGGGCCCGCGGCCGUGUUCCCUUGGGAGUCGAGGGAGGAGAGCGAGACGAGGAAUGUCGCCUGGGCAGCAGAACGGGCGGAGGCAUUCUUCGAGCGGGCCAUCGAGACGAAGCGCCCAUUCUUCCUCACGGUCGGAUACGUCGACCCGCACAGAGACAUCACGACCCGGAGCGAGUUUGGCAAUGCUGAAACGUGUGAUGGCAAAUUUGUCGCCCCAGACGUCCAGCCCGAUCAAGUUGAGAUCCCGCCCUGGCUGACCGACCUGCCCGAGACACGGAUUGAAUACGUCGAAUACUACAAAGCCAUUGCACGGCUGGACUACGGUGUCGGGCUGGUCCUGGACGCCCUAGACCGUAAGGGCCUCGCAAGCUCGACCUUGGUCGUCCUGUGCAGUGACAACGGCCCUCCGUUCAUCAACUCGAAGACCACCCUCUACGACGCGGGGACACAGCUCCCGUUCAUCGUGCGUCUGCCGGGAAACUCACACCCCGGAACGCGGAAUCCCAACAUGAUAUCGUACAUCGACAUCCUACCCACAUUCCUCGACUGGGCGGGUGCACCGCUCGACUUCUGCGCCCCGAUCGAGGCUCCGGCCAAAGGCCAGGUGUGGACAAGAGAAACCAGACCACCGCCCCCGCCCCGCCGUCUCGGACAGUCCUUUCUACACAUUAUCGAGCGCUCCGACGUCCUGCCGGACGACCAGUGGCAGCACCACGUCUACGGGUCGCACACUUUCCACGAGAUCGCCAACUACUGGCCGACGCGGGUGGUGCGGGGCCGGCGCUUCAAGUACCACCGCAACAUCGCGUGGCAGCUGGAUUUCCCGUUCGCGUCGGAUCUGUACGCGAGCCUGACGCUGGAAGGUGUGCGGAGGAACCACAGAGGCCAAGCUCCGUCCGGCAAGCAGGAAGGUGUGGACGCGAACGUGCUGAUCGGCGCCCGCUCGCUCAAGCAAUACGUCCGCCGCCCCGCCGAGGAACUGUACGACCUGGACGCUGACCCUCUUGAGGUAUGCAACCUGGCUGACCAGCCCGCGCACGCGACCGUGCUGGCGCAGAUGCGGCGCACGUGCGAGGCCUGGCAGGACCAGACGCAGGAUCCGUGGCUGCUACGCGACGGCCAGAGCGUCAUGGCCCUGCGCCGGUACGCGGGCGAGAAGCUGCACAUGCCCCGGGCGUUUGACUUUGUGCUGGACUCGGCGGCGCUGGAGGGCCUGGAGCGGUACGCCGUCGACGAUCCGAGGUUGGUGCAGGGGACAUAG